UUCAAGCAGCCAGGAACUUGUAUUUUUAAUAAAAACGGUCAAAACUUAUUCUCUUGUCUCGAUUAUUUUCGUUUGACAAAAGUCAAGACAUCUGUACAUCAUUGUUAACACUUUGUGUAAAUACUGAGGGAUAUAACUCGUCCAAAAUCGAGUAUUCAGAAGUUAGGAUUCGACGUCGCUUAAAUUGGUCAGAGUGAGGCUGAGGCAAUAUGAGCAGCUUGAAUCCUGCAAGAAGAGAAAGAACACGCAAACUUCAUGAAUGUGAUGUUUGUAAGAAGAGAUUUUCACGUGGUAGUCAUUUGGUUAGUCAUCAAAGAACUCACACAGGAGAGAAACCUUAUAAAUGUGACGUUUGCAAGAAGAGAUUUUCACAUGGUGGUAAUUUGGUUAGUCAUCAAAGAACACACACUGGAAAGAAACCUUAUGAAUGCGAUGUUUGUAAGAAGAGAUUUUCACAGGGUAGUAAUUUGGUUAGACAUCAAAGAACACACACUGGAGAGAAACCUUAUGAAUGUGAUGUUUGUAAGACAAGAUUUUCACAGGGCAGUCAUUUGGUCAGUCAUCAAAAAACACACACUGGAGAGAAACCUUAUGAAUGUGAUGUUUGUAAGAAGAGAUUUUCACGUGGUAGUGAUUUGGUUAGUCAUCAAAGAAUACACACUGGAGAGAGACCUUAUGAAUGUGAUGUUUGUAAGAAGAGAUUUAAACAUGGUAAUCAUUUGGUUAGUCAUCAAAGAACACACACUGGAGAGAAACCUUAUGAAUGUGAUGUUUGUAAGAAAAGAUUUUCAAAGGGUAGUAAUUUAGUUAGUCAUCAAAGAACACACAUAAGAGAGAAAUCCUAUCAUCAAAAAAUGCACACUGGAGAGAAAGCUUAUGAAUGUGUUGUUUGUAAGAAGAGAUUUUCACAUGGUAGUAAUUUGUUUAGUCAUCAAAGAACACACACUGGAGAGAGACCGUAUGAAUGUGAUUAA